CUCAAUCCAACCACAAUGGCUUCACUUCACACCACCAUUACAGCCUUAUUCCCUUCAAUCCAAACCCCAAGAUCCCUCCUCACCCACCCAAAACCCAUCCUCAACCUCUCCCUCUCCACUACCACCUUCCCCUCCCUCUCCCUCAAACUCACCCGUCCCCGCCACUCCGCCGGAUCCCUCGGCGCCCGCAUGGUCUCCACCGCGGCCGCAAGCUACGCCCUCGCCCUUGCCGACAUCGCCAAAUCCAACAACACCCUUGACGCCACCACAACCGACAUCGAGAAAAUCGAUGAGAUCUUCUCCGAUCCACAGGUGUUCGACUUCUUUGCCAACCCAACCGUAGACGCCGAACUGAAGAAGAAGCUCGUCGAUGAAAUCGCCACGUCAUCAAGCUUCCAAUCCCACACGCGCAACUUCCUGAACAUUCUUGUCGAUGCGAAGCGCAUUGGGCUGGUGAAGGAGAUUGCGAAGGAGUAUGAAUUCGUGUACAACACGCUCACAGAUACGGAAAUGGCGGUGGUGAGCUCGGUGGUGAAGCUCGAGUCGCAGCACUUAGCACAGAUCGCGAAGCAGGUGCAGAAGCUAACGGGGGCUAAGAACGUUAGAAUCAAGACAGUUAUUGACCCGAGCCUGGUGGCUGGGUUUACUGUUAGGUAUGGUAAUUCUGGAUCGAAGUUGAUUGAUAUGAGCGUCAAGAAGCAGCUUGAGGAGAUUGCUGCUCAGCUUGAUUUGGGUGACAUCAAACUCAAUGUAUGAGAUUUAAUAAUAAAAUCAGAUCAAAUCUGCACCUUAUGAUUUUUGUUAUAACUCCUCUCAAUUCUGUACAAUACAAUACAAUGUUGCUUGAUAUAUACCUAAAUAUGUUUUUUUUCUAUUGGGAAAUUGGGUUCACAAU